AUGUGUCACGAAGACGAGGGAAAUCAAGCUCUGAAGGACCCCUGCACCGAGAUGAACUGCACCUAUGGCAGCACCUGCGUCCAGUCCUCAGACGGCCUGUCCGCUAAGUGCAUGUGCCCCCUCGGCUGUGAGGGCAAAGUCAAUAAAACGGUGUGCGGCAGCGAUGGAAAGGACUACCGCAACAAGUGUGAGCUGCACCAGCAUGCCUGCAAGACCCAGAAGAACAUACGAGAGCAAUUCCAGGGGCCCUGCGCAAAACUGUUCAGAGUGGAUACUAUCUCCAGCAAGCCCAUCAUGGUCACUCCGCCGGAGUCGUGCCCCCCAGAUGACGAGCCUUUGUGCGCCAGCGACGGACAGACUUAUCCCAGCGAGUGCGCCAUGAUGGCAACAGCCACUCAGAAGGGCAUCAAGCUCAGGAAGAUCCACGCCGGACAAUGCAGAUGGCUGGAGGAGUGCAAAGAGGAGUGUAUGUUCAACGCCGUGUGCGUGAUGGAGCAGCUGAGCGCCCGCUGCUCCUGUGACCCCAUCGACUGCGACGGCGCCUACAAACCCGUGUGCGGGAGGGACGGACGCACCUACUCCAACGACUGUCUGCGCCGCAAAGCAGAGUGUGUGAGCAGGAGCCUCAUCUCCGUCAAGCACCCGGGGCCCUGUGGUGAGUGCAGAGGGAGGAUGGUUCCUUUAGGCGGAGGGGGUGGGAGGUGCGUCACUCAGUCUGUCUGUCUGUCUAUGUCCAUGUGGCUCUCUCCCCUGGCUGUCUGGCUGCAGGUGGACUGUGGGGUCACCCAGCGGGCGACCUCAUCAAGCGGACUCUGA